UUGUGAUCUCCCGGGGCAACUCGUGACGCUUGAUUUGUGGCAUUUAACUGUCAUUUAGUUAAAUGGGUGCAAUAAAUAUUAAAUGACUUGACAGAUGUUAGCAAAAUAAACAGGAUAAUCUUUCACCUUCUAACAAAAACUGAAAAAAAAAAUGCCUGGAGAAGGGGGAACAUCUACAGUUAGUUUGCCAAUGCUGACCCCAAGGAAUGUGCCUCGAAGGUAUGAGGAAACACGGCCCGUCCUCAUACAAGGCUGUGCCCAUUCUAGGAUUAUAGGGUUGGGUAAUGAGCUGCACAGGAAGGAACAGGAGAAGGCGGAGAAUGAGAAAUUACAUGCGAUACGAUUGGCUGAGCAGGCAGUGUGGGAGGAAGCAGAGAAGUUAAAGGCCAUCGCCCUCGCCAAGGCCAACGAGGAGGCUGCAAUAGAGCAAGAGAGGGUCAUUAGAAAACUAAAGAAACAGCAUGGCAGAGCUUUGCUGGAAGAAGCCCUUAAAGUUGAAAUGGCAAUGCAGAAACUGGCAAUUGAGCAGGUAAAACAAGAGAGGUUAGAGGGAGAACAACGUCUGAAGAAAGCUGUGAAGGAAACUGAAGAGCGUUGCCAAAAGCAACAAGAGGCAGCUGUAGCCAAGGCUCGAGCCGAGGAGAAACAGAUUGCGAAGGAAGAGGCUGAACUUGCUGCCCAUCCCCUACAGGUGUUUUAUCAGAGGGGACUUAUGAACCUGCUGAAGACGCUUAUGUUAUUUCAGAAACUGAGGGAUGAAAAAGAUCUGGAGAAAGCAAACAAAGUGAAAGAUGCAGAGGAGAGACAGAGAAGAAUUGCUCAAGAGAAGAUAGGUUCCCUUACAGGACAGUUUGAAGCGGUCAUUACUAGUCUAAAGCAAGAAAUAGAAAGUAAGAAAGAUGACAUCUUUAAUCUAGUUGCUGAAAAAUCUGACUUACAAAGACAAAAGACACAAGUAGAAAAUUGCUUAGUAGAUACAAGAAAAGAUUUCCAGGAUUUUAUUGACAAUCUGCCACCGUAUCAUAAGAUGCAGGCUGAUUUCCUGCUUCCACGAAUCUACUUGGAUGAACUGGAGAGAAAGGGGUACCAGAUAACCCCGUUACGAGCUCCAGUAACAAGGCCAAAGAAGAAAAAGUGAUUUACUAAUAUUAUUCCAUCUUGAACUUUGAAAGCUUUUAAUCAAAGUAGUUACAACAGUGAUGAAUAAAUAGUUUCAUCUUCUAAAUUAAGCAUUUUAUAUUUAUUUUGGAUAAUUUAUUCAGAAAAAAGUACCAAACUGUUGACAGGAGCUUAAAUGAUUGGGCAUACAGGGUUUUCUGUGCUCUUUAAUUGAUAUUUUUUUCUAAUAUUUAUUUCUGUAGAUUGUAUAACCUGUUGAAGAGUGUUAUUAUGAGGCUGACUAAUUUAUACCUGCAUAGAAAAUAAGGGAAAUAUACUGCAAUCUUCAGCAUUAAGAAUCCCUGGUUGGUGGCAAUGCUCCCUCCCUUUCAGUUUCUUAAUUCUGAAGAUGACACUUCAUAGCUGCUAUCCAGUUCUUAAUUAAAUGACAGUUUGUGGUACAAAGGUUAUAAAAAUGAGUCUUAAAAUGCAAUCUUGCCAUUGGUCAGUUAUAGAUCUGUGCUCAAAAUGGACCAAUCAGGUGCUGGAUAUUGCAGACUGGUCCGCAAACUCUGCUAUAUAACCUAGAACCCUUUUAAAUAAGUCAGGAAAAGGACUUGCCAGAGACUAAUGAAAAAAUGUCCUCUUAAUGAAUGUAAUACCAUGUAUAAACAAAAAAAAUAGCAAUAUACGUAGAAAUUACUCCAUUGUUGGUUAAUAUCUGUCUGUUGUCACUGUUUAGUUUUAUACUUUUCAAAAAAAAUUUAGAGGGUGGAGUCAAGGUCAAUUUCUGAAAGGAAAAGUAUAAAAUGAAAAAAUGACGGGUAGAAAUAACGUUGUCUACUAAGUAUUUAUAUUUUUAGUUAAAUAACUAGACAUACAGAUUUUUUUUCAAUAUGUACAUUGUAUGCUUAUUUGAAAUGUUUAUGUUAUGAUAUCCAUUGAAACUUCCGCUUCAUGCUCAAUUUGUGUAAUAUGCAUCUCUUAUUUUCCCAAAUUUUAUUUUACCAAAUAAUGUAUGAAAAAAAACAAGUCUUGGACAAAAAUGAUUCUGAUAUGUCAUUCAUUCAUUAUAGAGUAUUUCGGAAAGUUUCUUUUUUACCAAUGUAGAAGAUGCCGAUGUGAAACCAAAGCAUUAUGGGAAGUAGUUGAAAUUGUCAAGUCGCAGGUUAAUAUUGGAAGUAUUUUAUUUUGUCGACGGAAAAACUAGUUGAAACAAUGCAAACUUAUCUUUUGAUCUCUCUGUUUAUCAUUGAAACUCAUUAAUCAGAAGUCUGCUGUGGAGUUUUCACAUUAAAUUUUUCUGCAUUCAUAUUUUUCAGCAUGACAUCAAUGCUUUUGUAUUUUCCUUUUUUUGGUUUGGAUAUUUUGACUCAUGGAUUUUUAAAAUCAAUAAAGACGUGUGAAAUUAUUGUACCAUUUUGUACUUUUAGCAAACAGAUUUAUUACAUUACGUAACAUAAAACCUGUGAACAAAAUUUUCUCCUGUACAAACAUUACAUAUAUUAAAUUAUCUAUUAAACCAAAGAACUCUUGCAGUGCAAUAUUUUAGCAAGUGCCUUGUGGUGUUUCUUUUGGUUCCAGGCACUCUUGAAAUUGAUAUCAGUUAUACUUUAACAAAUUAAUAUUCUUUUUAAUGAUAUUACAUUGAUUAUGUAAAUAUUAUAGAAGCAUUCUGAUGGUAACAUCAGUUUGCAAAUGCAAUGACUUGGAACAGACUUUUGGGAAAACAUAAUCUUUUUUCUUGGAGGCAGUUUUUGUUUUAAAAGAAUACUUUAAUUAUAUUAAUUAGCAUUAGUUGAGUUCAAUAUGAGAUUGUGUUAAUAUGAUGAAACAGAAAUAUAAGCUUAGGUGGAACUUAUGCAACAGUUAAUAGAAGUAGGGAGUCAGCAAGACAAAGGUCAAGAUCACAGUGACAUUAAGGCUGAAAAGUAACAUGAGAAUACUUGGGCCUAUGGCUUUCAAACUUGGUAGGAUGAUUGCCUGUGGUCAGUAGAUGCUUCUGAUGUUUUGUGGGUUAUGAGGUCAAAGAUCAAGGGUCACAGACUACAAGAUUGUGCAGCUGUUAUUAGUGAUAAAUGUGAUCAGUGAACUUUUACACUUGUUUGGAAAAUGGCACUUCUUUUUCACCUUUUGCACAUUUUAAGCUCGACUAUUCGAAGAAUAGCCCAAGCACUUGUAUUUACCCAGGUGUCAGUAUCGGCAUCGCACCCUGGUUAAAGUUUUGCAUGCAAGUACAUAUGGCUAUCAUUUAAAGGCAUAUAGUUUUGAAACUUAUUUUUUCUUUUUCUAGAUCAAUAACCGACCUCACAGGAUCAAGUCCCAUAUCUCUGACAUGCAUUUUGGGCAAAUUAUGCCCCCUUUUAGACUUAGAAAAUCCUGGUUAAAGUUUUGCAUGCAAGUUACUAUCUCCAAAACUAAUGCAGAUAUUGGAUUAAAACUCUAUAGAUAUUUUAACAUUAAGGAAAUAUUCCUGCUUCUGGGACAACAAUUCGAAUAGUCGAGCAUUGACAGCUCUUGUAAGAAACUUUACCUGUCUUAAUUAUUAUAGAAUUUCAGUAUACUUAUAUGAAGAACACUUACAUUAUGUUAUUUGUUUAUUUAUUUAAAGCAUUUACAUGUUGUUGUUUUUGAUGAUAUAAACAUGUAUAUAUACUAUAUAUAUGUUAUUGUGAGUUAUUUGUUUCAAAUGGGGAUUAUAUUAACCAAGACUGAUGUUGAAUUUUCAUUGUUUUUUUUGUAUUUUUACCAGAACAAGUUUAUAUUUGUUAAUAAAUUUAUACAAAGUCAAA